AUGUAUAUUGCUGUAAUAAGGGAUUAACCAUUUGUAUUGUACUGUUUUGUAGAAGGAGCCGUCACCCCGGUAGUCACCCUGAGACCCAACUGGAACAAUUUAUACUCCGGGGAUCGGGUGACUCUGUCAUGCAGUGUGGGAUCGGUAGAAGAGGAUAAACCUGGAUACUCCUACACCUGGUAUAAAGAUGGAAAAAAGUUAAUGUAUGAAACGAGCAAAACACUUAUUAUUACUGCCAAAGUAGAAGACACCGGAGUAUAUAAGUGUUCAGUGAAAUCUGGCAUUUAUAGUAAUCCCGUCCGACUUCAUGUUAUCUCUGGUGACUAUCUCAUCCUACAAGCACCAUCCGAUAUUAUAGAAGGGGACUCCUUGAGUCUGAGGUGCCACAACUGGCCGAAGUAUAAAGCCAGAGGAGUAAAAUAUUUUUACAAAGAUAAUGAAUUAUCAGGAUCCACGGAUGAUAUUUUACACAUUCCAAAUGUAAACACAAGUAUGAGCGGGACUUACAAAUGUGAAAAAUAUUUUGACUUUUUUUUUCAAGAUAAAUGGAAAUCAGCUGAAAAAUACAUUUAUGUACAAGAUCUGUUCAGUGCCCCAGAAAUAAAAAAUUAUCUUAAUUCUGUACGAGAAGGAGAUCCUACAACCUUUACCUGUAACACCAAACGUAACCCUCUCAGAGGCGGCACAGAUCUGCACUUUGCCUUCUACAGAGAUGGACGGACUGUGCGGGGAUACAAUGUAUCCGAUACAUACAGAGUGCGGUCAUUUCAGCUGGAGGAUUCUGGGAAAUAUACCUGUGAAGUGAGGACGGUGUCUGACACUGUGAGGAAGAUGAGUGAUGGGAUCUAUAUCCACAUACAUGGUCUCCUCACCCUGCAGACCCCCUCUGAUGUAAUAGAAGGUGAUAACCUGAGUCUGAGGUGUCACAGUGAGCAGAAGUAUGAAACCGGUAAAACAAUUUACUAUUACAAGAAUGAGAAGACAUUCAACUCCACAGGUGAUUUAUACAUUCCAAACGUCACCACAGCUGCAUCUGGAAGAUAUCAUUGUGCAAAAUAUUUUCGGGACAUUAAAACAUGGAUAUAUACAGCUGUAACGUUCAUAUCUGUAAAAGAACUGUUCCCUACUCCUGAAAUACAAACUUCUCCUUCCUCCGUACAAGAAGGAGAUGAGAUGAUGGUGACAUGUCACACCACGCUCAACCCUCUCAGAGGCGACACAGAGCUGCACUUUGCCUUCCACAGAGAUGGACGGACUGUGCGGGAAUUCGGUAUAUCCAAUACAUACAGAGAUGGACGGACUGUGCGGGGAUAUUAUGUAUCUGAUACAUACAGAGUGCCGUCAUCUCAGCUGAAGGAUUCUGGGAAUUAUACCUGUGAAGUGAGGACGGCGUCUGACACUGUGAGGAAGAUGAGUAAUGAGAUCAAUAUCCAGAUAUAUGAGCUCUUCUCUCCUCCAAAAAUAAAAGUGACCCCGUCCAGGGUAAUAGAAGGACGUGAGAUGACGGUGAGAUGUGACACCAGAAUCAAACCGCUCAGAGGCGGCACAGAGCUGCACUUUUCCUUCUACAGAGAUGGACGGACUGUGCGGGAAUACAGUAUAUCCAAUACAUACAGAGAUGGAUGGGCUGUGUAUGUAUCUGAUACAUACAAAGUGACGUCAGCUAAGCUGGAGGAUUCUGGGAAAUAUACCUGUGAAGUGAGGACAACGUCUGACACUGUGAGGAAGGACAGCAACGCAUUUCCUGUUCCUGUUCAGAUCCAAGAGCUGUUCACAUCACCAGAAAUCAGAGUUGGUCCAUCGCUUCUUGUGGAAGAGGGCGAGCAGGUGACAUUGGAGUGUGUGACCGAUCCUAAAGGAAGCACCAACCUCUUAUAUACAUUUUAUAAAGACUCUCAAAUUGUCCAAAGUGCUGAUAGGAAGACCAGUUAUGUGAUUGGUAAAGCCGGAGAAGAGAACUCAGGAAGCUAUCAGUGUUCUGUACAAUCCCGGGAUGGAAAAGUUAUAAAAAACAGCACCGAUGUCCACAUCCUCGUACAAAGUCCAAUUUCAGGUGUCAGUAUCACCGUAGAUAAAGGCCAUUUUGUAUAUGGAGAAUCUUUGACAUUGAAUUGCUCCGUAGAGAAAGGAACAUCCCCCGUAUUCUUGUGGUUGCACAAUGAGAUGGUGGUAGACCAGGACUCUAAAUUCUACCAACUACUAGACAAUGGGACAGUUCUAUACAUUCAAUCCCUCCAAAGUCACCACGCAGGGACCUAUAGGUGUCAAGUCAGCAACAAGUUAUCAGCCAGUAAGCCCUCCUUUGUUGUGAAGACAUUUCAGAUCAGCCAGAUUACAGAAAAACUUCCACCUGGAAGCAAUGUCCUAUGGCCGGUACUCGGAGUUCUAUUGUUGAUGGUGUUGCUUGUCAUCAUCUUACUGGUUGUUAAGAGGAGAAAACUACCUUCUUUAUUCCCUUCAUUGAAUCGCCAACAAAAUCAGCAAAUUUCAGAACCCACCUUUGAUAAAGAUCGCCCUCGGUGAGUACUCACUUUAUCUAGUUUUUG